AAAAAAGAACCCUAAACCCCUGAAAAGAGUGAAACCAACCAACAAAAAGAGACUUAGAGAGAGAGAAAAAACAAAUCCAUUUUCGUUUUUGGGUCAACUUAUACCACUAGCCAAAACGGGUCUGCCAUUGUGGAUGUUGGGGUUGGCUGCCGAUCGGUUGCGAGCCGACAUGAAUCGUUUGCUCUCCUUCCUCUUCCACCAGGGGAUAUUAGACGAGCAAUUCUUGCAACUUCAACAGCUUCAAGACGAAACUUCCCCAAACUUCGUAUCUGAAGUUGUCAACAUUUACUUCCAUGAAUCCGAGAAGUUAUUACGGAACCUCAGAUCAUUACUGAUGGAUAGAGAGUUCUCGGAUUACAACAAAAUGGGAAUCCAUUUGAAUCAGUUCAUGGGGAGUAGUUCCAGUAUUGGUGCUAAAAGGAUAAGAAAUGUUUGCCUUGCCUUUCGAGCCGCUUCUGACCAGAACAACCGUGCUGGGUGCUUGAGUGCAUUAGAGGUGCUAGAACACGAGUACUGUUUCCUCAAGAACAAACUGCAUGAACUUUUCCAGAUACAACAGCAAAGAGUACUAGCGGCAGGAGUAAGAUACCCGAUGCAGCACUAAAACCCCAAAACAAUUUUAAUGCCAUGAUCCUUGAAUUCAGUUAUUAGCUAAAAUCCAAGCAAACCCCAAAGCAGGAUUUUGUACUAUUUUGAGGGGUUUAUUUGCAAUUGCCACUUGCAAAUUGUGGAUGUAAUAUAAAGUCAUUCAUUUUUUCUUUCUUCCUAUUUUUGCUUCAUUUGUAACUUCUGAAUGCAAAUGAAAUGUAGUGGAAAAAGUUAGCAUGCAA